AUGGAGCCCUACAGGGUGCUGGGGCUGCUGCUCUGCACGCAAGUGUGUGGGCUGACUGCUGGGCCUGCAGCUGUGACGCAGCCCUCCCCGGCUCCAGCAACGUCCCCACAGAUGAGCGCUGCAUCUGCCCAUCUGUGGCUGGUGGACGGCAGCCAUCGCUGUGCCGGGCGGGUGGAGGUGAAGCAUGAGGGCAAGUGGGGCUCCUUCUGCACCUACGACUUCAACUAGGACGCCCGCGGGGCCGGUGUGGUGUGCCGGCAGCUGGGCUGUGGGGCCGCAGUGAGGGCAUCCCUGUUUGCCCCGUUCGGGCAGGGCAAGGGACGCAUCCGGCUGCACCCCUUCAACUGCCGGGGAACGGAGGCGGCCCUGCAGGACUGCUACAACUUCGGCUGGGGACGGCAUUUCUGCGGCCACGAGUGGGACGUGGGAGUGACCUGCACGGAGGCGGUGGGGCUGCGGCUGGCGGCCGGCAGGGGACCCUGCGAGGGGAGAGUGGAGGUGAAGCUGCGGGGCCGCUGGGGCACGGUGGCGGAUGCCGCCUGGACCAUGGAGGAUGCCGAGUUGGUGUGCCAGCAGCUGGGCUGUGGCUCGGCGGCCGGCGUCUAUCAAGGCUCAAAAUUCGGCCCGGCGGAAGGUCCCAUCAACCUGGCCGUAGUUAAUUGCAGAGGGAAUGAGAGCGUGCUAUGACACCGCGCCAUUCAGGGCUGGGGGCCCUACGACGGCCAUCACGACCACGAUACCGCCGUCGUGUGUCAAGGGUUCUCCCGGCUGGUCGAAGGGGACGGCGCCUGCGAGGGCCGGCUGGAGUUGCGGCGGAGCCGGGCCUGGCUGGGCGUCUGCCACGGCCGCGUGGACGAGGACAGUGCCCGGGUGCUCUGCAGGGAGCUGGGCUGCGGUGCGGUGCUGGCCCUGCCCGAGCCCGGCCGCUUCGGAGCUGCGCCGGGGCCGCUCUGGAACGGCGCCUUCGAGUGCGACGGCUCCGAGCCCCUCUUGGUCUCCUGCGCAGUGCGGCCGGUCCCCGAGCACCGCUGCGCCGACCCCGCCGCCGUCGUCUGCUCCCCCUACACCGGGUUCCGACUGGCAGACGGCGGCUCGCCCUGCGCCGGGCGGGUGGAGGAGCGGGGAACGUGGGGACCGCUAUGCGCCGGAUCCUGGGAGCUGCCCGACGCUCACGUCCUCUGCCGACACCUGGGCUGCGGCCCGGCCGCCUCCGUUCAGCCGGGGGGCCGUUUCGGGACGGGGAAAGGACCGCUGCGGCGCGACCGCCUCUGCUGCGUGGGGAACGAGCGGCACCUCGGCCAGUGCCCGGCCGCGGUGCUGAGGGAACCCGUCUGCGUCGCCGGCCAGGCGGCCGCCGUCAUAUGCUCCGGAGCCACCGAAACCCUGCGGUUGUGGGGCGGGGAGAGCCGGUGCGACGGGCGCCUGGAGGUGGCCCCGCGCCCCGACGUCUGGACCGGCGUGUCCGCGGGAUCCCGCGACAACGGCACCGCGGCCGUGGCGUGUCGACAGCUGGGCUGCGGGGUGCCCGAAAAGACGUACGCCGCGCCGAGAGGCGGCUCGGGCACCGCGGAGCUGCGGUGCGAGGGCAGCGAGGAGUUUCUGUCGCAGUGCGACGCUUCGGGGUUGGGCCGCGGCCCCUCGGCACUGGCCGUGGUCUGCUCAGGUGGCCGGCGGCUGAGGCUGGCGGGCGGCCCCGGGUGCUGCGCCGGCAGGGUGGAGGCGUACAUCGACGGCGCCUGGAGCUCCGUGUGCCGAGACGCCUGGAGCCUGCGGGACGCCGCCGUCGUCUGCCGCCAGCUGCGCUGCGGGACGGCUCUGGAGGCACCCGGCCCCGAGAGCUUCGGCUCCGGUACCGGGAUGCCGUGGGCGGGCGCCGGGGGCUGCGCGGGGACGGAGGCGGCGCUCUGGGACUGCCCGGCGAGGGGCGGCGGCUGCGGCGGCGGCGGUGGCGGAGCCGGGGCGGUGUGCUCAGCGCUGCGGGCCCUGCGGUUGGAGGGCGGCGGCUGCGGCGGGAUCCUGGAGCUGCUGCACGACGGCGCGUGGGGCCGCGUCUGCGCCAACGGCACCGUAGAAGACGGCGCCGGCGCGGCCGCCGCCGUGUGCCGAGAGCUGGGCUGCGGAGCCGCGGGGAGGCUGCACGCCGUCCCCGAUCGGGGUUCCGGCCCCGCCUGGCUGGGACGCGUACGCUGCGAGGAAGGGUGCCGCUCGCUCUGGCGCUGUUCCUCGACGCCCUGGCGCCUGCGGUCCUGCGGCCCCGCCGGGGUCACGCACGUGGCCUGCGAUGAGGAUGGAAGCGACGUGGCCGGCAGCCCGGCCCCGGGGAGCGGCUGUCGGGACGGGGACGUGUGCGCAGCUGUCCCGCUGGGAGACGUGCCGCUGCCCACGGUGCUGUGCGUGCUGCUGGGCACGUUGCUGUGCCUGGCCCUGGUUGCCCUGGCCCUGCAGGUGCACCGCACUCGGGCUCAGCGUGCAGGCCCCAGCCAGGAUGCUGGCUCCGAGGCUGUGUACGAGGAGCUGGACUACAGCUGGGUGCUUGAGUGCCGGGAGGGGCCCGGCCGAGCAGGCUCUCUGCUGCAGGGCUCAGGGAUGCAGUCGUCACAUCGCAUCGGGGUCGAGGAGGGGAGUGGCACCACAGGGAUGCUGUGUGCAGACUCUGAUGAUGCCACAGCCGUGCCCGAGGAGACCCUCAGGGAGAUGGGCUAUGAUGAUGUUGACAUCAGCGCCCCAGGGAGGGGCGUCCUGCUGUGA